ACUUGAUUAUAAAUUUCCCGAGAGUAGGACCUUUUUAUAUGUUACGCGAGAUUUGCUCCCUUUGCGACAAAAAUAAAAAUGAAAAAGAAACAUUCCGUCGCCGUCGUCGCGGGAACACCGGGAGAACUAAAUGGUUCUGGGGAUCAGAAUCUGGUCUGCGGAAUCUAUCAGCUGCAGUGAACCUGAAAAACAAAACAGCAAUCGAUUGUCCAACCAGAAGUAUAAAAAUCUUAGAGAUCGAUUCUUGGAUUGGAUCUAGAGGAUCUUCAAACGAUUACGGCAGUUUCGGUGGCCAAAUCGUGCCCAGCGAGUUCUACUGGCCUCCCAAAGGCACCUCACAAUCCGACCGCUCAUCGCACCGUCGUUCUGGCAGUGCCUAUCCUCAAAGAAUUCCACCUCAGCAUCCAACGCAAGCCGGCCAACACGUACGUUCCGGCUAAUGCAAUGUUCCGAUUCGAUGCACACCAGACGGCUUGCCAGAGGAGUGACGACGUCGGAUACGAUCGCUGGUGCAACUUCAAGUGUGCCCAUUUUGAGCGCGUUAGCAUUGUAUCCUCAUAAGGAACGUAUUGGAGGCUAAGGAAGGUUCAAGAGAAGCAACAAAAACAGAACCAGCAUCAGAGCGGAAGAGGUCUUAUUUAUUUGUGAAUGCUGUGUGAUUAUGUGAUUUUUUAAACCUGUAAGUCUGACCUACCUUAAUUUCUUCUUUUGCUUUUAUGAAAAUGCUUUUCAAUUAACUAUGAGAGAGGGAUAGAACAACCACAGGAACAACAACUUCAUGUAAAUUUAUUGUAACUACCUUUUUAUUAUAAAUUGGUUCAUAUUUAAUUAUAUCAAUAAAAGUAUGUUAAUAAUUACAACCUGUAAACAGAA